AUGGACCAAUCACUUAAAGAGGAACUUCUUACCCGUAUGAAAUAGAGUUAGUAUUUACUAACCAGCUUAUGUCAUUGUAGCAUUGAAAAAACAAAUAAUGGUUAUGUUGGCUUUUUAAUCACUUAGGGACUCUGGUAUAAAUUAAGGGUAUUUCUAUUAAAAAAAGAGGGAGAAAAUAAAUUAUUCUAAAUUGUACAUUCAGAAGGAUUUGGUAAUGAAUAAAAAACUAAGGAUAAGAUGCAUGAACUAUUAUAAUAGUAUAUAUAAUAAUGAAUAAUAUUUUUUAAGAUCAUUUUUAUGAAUCUUAAAUAAUUUAUUAAUCUUAUUUUCAAUAUUAAAUAAUAAAAAAUAAAAUAAUUGUUAACUAUAUAAAAAAUUUAAAUUACACUAAUUAAUUUACGAUAAAAAUUUACCUUAUAAAAAGUGAAAACUAUUUUCUUAAGAAUUUAAAGUUAAACAAAUUUAGCAUCAAGACACUCAUACUGAAAAUAACGAAUUCUAAUAACAAUAAUAAUAAAACAUUAAUAAACUUCUAAUUUAUUCCUAUUACUCAUAUCCUGCUUUCAAAUAAAUUUUUAAAGGACAUUCAGAAGGCUUAAAUUGGUUUUUACUAUUAAGAAAAUAUUAGAUAUUGGUUAGGAAUAAUCCUUAAAUUUCAGAGAAUAGGAGAAUUUAUAAUUAGAACCUUUAGGAUCAAAGUAUAUUUAAUAAUUAUUUUAAGUGA